GUUUGCCCCCUUUUACUAUAAAAAAAAAGUCAAUGUUCGAAUUUUGAAAAUCACGUUACUAUCAACGGUUUAAUAAAUACAACGUUUAUUAUCAUCGAAACAUCAAACUGUAAGAGAUAUAUUGAAACAAUCAUUAAAAAGCAAUUGGAAUCUAUUCCAAGUACAUUUAUUUAUAUUCUUCUAUGUAGUUUUUGUUGAUAGCUAUAUUUGAUCCAAUAGCUCGAACGGAUUAUCUUAUAAGCCGCUUGCUUGGUUUGUAUGGCCACCAACAUUGUUAUAGCGUUUUAUGAUGACGUUGUUUUCGAGUGUAGCUUGUUUGUUGUUUGCGCAAAACACUUUUGUGUACAAAAUACUCUACGCUCCUACGUAAUAUUUUUGACAGAAAGAAAAUAAAUAUGUAACUUCCUGAUCAGACAAGAUCAGAUUAAAAGCAGCUUAAAUAACUCACACCCAUAACUCAUAAGGGUAGUCAGGGAUUUUUAUUUGGCUAAACCCGAAACUUCAACUUUUACUUAUUACUAUUUCUUUAUCCAUUCGUUGAUUUGCAUUUUUUUUUGAUGAUUCAAUUUUAUUUUAACGAUUUGUUAAAACCGUUAGUUGCUGCUAAUUGGCUGUAAGUUUUAAACCAUUGUAUAUCAUUUAAAUUAAAAAAAACUGCUGCCAACUGUCAACUGUCACUGUCAAAUUUACAUUGUUUUGAAAUUGAAAACGGUUGAUCCGUAAUGUUUCAAAACUUUGAAAACAAUUAACCCAAAUAGUGUAAAAAAGAUUUAUAAUAAUCUUUAAAAGAAAGUUUAUCUCUCCAUCAUAAUGGAUGUUCAAAGAAACCCUCUGAAGAUUUACAUACAAGAUAUUUUCCGCGCGAAAAAUACUAUCGAAAACAAAUACAUUUAUGAACUGUUCGGAAUGAAGUUCAAAAACAUCAUGAUUCAAGGUGUUGUUACGGAUUCUUAUAACAAAACAAGUAAAUCGAUUAAUUUAGAAAUCAGUGACGCAACAGGUUCCGUUAAAGUUUAUUAUGACUGUUCCAAAAGUAAUAAUAACCUAAAAAACGAUACAAUAAAAGAUUUAAGUAUCGAAAUAUCAAAAUCGUACGCUUUUAAUAAUGAUAACUCUACAAUAUUAUCUUCUAUGUUUAAUUUGAUAUCAGAAAAGACAGAAAAUGUAUUGAAUAUCGUCAGAGGAGAUUAUAUUUGCAUAGUGGGUGACAUUUUUGUGGAUGAUGUUGGAAACAGAGUAGUCUCUGCAUUUAAUUGUAAGCACGCGUCAAUAGAAAGAGAUCUUGUAUGGAUGGAGGAACUUAGAUAUAUUUAUGACAAAUUUUACCUUUGGAACAAAAUACCAGAAGAACCAAAGCCUUUAGAAAACAGUUGAUAAGAUUGUUUAUACUAAUUAUAAACAUGCUUUGAAAUAUGUAUUAAAGCUAGAGACAUGAUCAAGAAGGGUUGAGAAAUGAGAUGAUAGAUUAACCUGGAAUCUGGACCUCACAAGAGUAGAAUAAAUGUGGCAAUAUGAUUUACUAUUUCAUAUGAUUGAAAAUAAUAGUAAUAUUUAUGUAACUAAGUGCUUGUCCAAAUUGUAAAUUGUCUGAUAACAAUCUAAUGUGUAAAAUAUGUGAUGGAAAUAUCAGAAUUUGUUCCUUAAUCUGACAGUGGUCAUUUUUAAACUAUCUGAGGAUAAGCUUCAUCCCUGAGGUGUCCGGUUCCCGAGGGAUAUGUAGCUUUUUGU